AUGACGUUUAGAACUUCAGAAGCUUUGAUUGCUACAAGGAUAAGUGAUGACAAGAAGGUUUCAAUACAACUGACUGAUCUACAAUUCUUCUCCUAUGGAGCUUUUAGUAAUGUUUAUCGUGGGCUUUUACAUUUGCCUCCUUUAACUUCAAAUGAAAGAGCUCAAGUACAAGAUGUUGUCAUUAAGAAGACGUGGUUCGGCUUGAAUAAAAAAUCAUCAAACGAUGAAAUUCAAAUUCUGAAAACGUUGGGACGCUUGAAUCACAAGAAUAUCGUCAAAUUACUUUAUACAUUUCGUCACGAGUAUCCAGAUAGUGUUUGUUUUUCACUUAUUUUUGAAUUUCUUGACGUCAACCUUUACCAAUAUUUGAAAAGUUGCAAUCGUUGUUUAGCUUUAAUCGAAACGAAAAUGUUUACUUGGCAGCUAUUCCGAGGUCUUUUUCAUUUACAACGAGCAAAUAUCUGUCAUCGUGAUAUAAAACCACAAAAUCUGCUUGUAAAUCCAGAAAGUGGUCUUCUGAAGAUUGGUGAUUUUGGUGCAUCUACGACUGAUCCAAAUAAGGUUGCUCAGCCAUCAUAUCAUGUAACACGAUACUAUAGACCUCCUGAGCUUUUACUUGGCUCAACACGUUAUGGCGUGGAAAUUGACAUUUGGUCAGCAGGAUGUGUGUUCGGAGAAAUGCUCAGAGGAAAUGUUUUAUUCAUUGGCUCAAACAGCAAUGACCAAAUGGAUACCAUCAUGUCUGUUAUGGGUUUACCAACGACUUCUGAUGUUAAAGAGAUGAAUCUUGUAAGCAACUCUAAAUGGAAAGAAGCUAAAUCUCGUUUCAAUUCCGGAAAAAUAAAAGCAUGUCCUUGGAAGAUUGCUGUUCCUGUGACGAUUAAGAAUUCCAUUUCUGUUUCUUUUGAAGCUGUCGAAAUUCUAAAAGAGAUUCUCACUUACAAUCCGAACAAACGCUUGCAUGGCUCUGAGCUUCUGCUGCAUCCGUUCUUUUCAGAAAUAUUCCGACCUGAAGUUAGACGCCCCGGAGGGAAACGCAUUCGAUGCCUCACUCACAGGGAUUUACAAGAAGUUCGAAAUGGAGACAAGUCAAUGACGGGUUCUACCAACUCUCCCUCUAUAGAAUCGUUUGAAUGA